GAGGCUAACUGCAUAUCUAGAACAAAGAUCCCAGUCUACUAAGAAAGUAGGAUAUGAAAGGGCAGCUUUCGAAAAAGGUAGAGGCACCAGUCCCGGCAUCCGAUCUCUGGGAUGUUUACGGCACCCUAGAACUCGUAAGACUUAUCAAGGAAUUGCUGCCUGAAAUUCUCCACGAUGUGGGAGUUGAUGUUGGCGAUGGAGGUGUUGGUACUGUGCUAAAAAUCACCUUGGCACCAGGAUCUCCUGUAGCAUACUACAAAGAGAAAUUCAUUGAGGUUGAUCAGGAAAAACGUAUCAAAGUGGUAGAUGUGGUUGAAGGAGGAUAUUUGGAGGCAGGGUUUAGCUUAUAUCGAACUACCUUCGAAAUUAUCGAGAAAGGCGACCAUUCAUCGGUGAUUUCAACAAUUGAUUAUGAACUUGAUGACGCCUCUGCGGACAAUGCUGCCCUGGUUUCUAUUAAGCCAUUAGAAAUUGUGGCAGAAACUCUUGUGAAAUACCUCAAAGAGAAAAAGAUUGAUCAUGCAAAUGUUUGAAGUAAUAAAGCAUCUCUCUUGGCUAUUCGAUUGAUGUAAUGCAGUAGUUACUCAUAUGGAAUAAUCGUCACGGUCCUGUUUCGGAUUUACUUAUGUUCUGGUGGUCUACCCAACUUUUAGGACCUUUAAAUUGGUCCAUAAAUGAAUAAAUAAAUAAUAAAGGAUAUUAUUGCCAUUAUUAAUCCUAA